AACGGUAGUGGCCGAAUUUAAAUGAUCUGAUCGUUAAAUUGAAGACGGGCAAUACUGUAAUUAUGCUCUGGGUUGCAUCAUUAUUUAAAUGGACAAAUAUAUUCCAGACGACUCGCGCUCCAUCUCUUCUCACGCCUUUGCACUGAAUGAUGUGGCUGAUUUGCUGUCCUGGCGGAACUACACAGAACGGACCUCCCACCCAAGCACCUCACGGUAGCUUUAUCAGACUGCAUGGUCAACUCGCAAGCUGUGCGUCAGACCAUGACUGAAUUCUGGAAGGAGCAUUCUCAAGAAGCCACGGUCCAGGAAAUGAUGCUGGACUCUAAUGCCCAGCUGCUCACUGAGCACGAGCUCCCCGAGAUCCUCUCCCUCCUGCCCAGUGUGGCCAACAAAGACGUCCUGGAGCUAGGGGCUGGCAUAGGACGAUACACGUGUCACCUCAUUGGUAAAGCCCACCAUGUGACAGCUGUGGAUUUCAUGGAGAAGUUUGUGGAAAAGAACAGGGAGGACAACAGUCACCUCGGUAAUGCUGACUUCCUCCAGGAUGACGUCACUCAACUUAAUUUCCCCCAAAACAGUUUCGACCUGAUCUUCUCUAACUGGCUGAUGAUGUACCUGAGCGAUGAGGAGCUGCGGAAACUGAUCGAGAAGAUGCUGUCCUGGCUCAGACCUGGAGGACACCUCUUCUUCAGGGAGUCCUGCUUCCACCAAUCAGGGAACUGCAAAAGAGAUUUCAACCCCACCCACUACCGCACUCCGGCCCUCUACAACCAUCUGAUGACAUCAGCACAGUGGCAGGGAGAUAAAGAGGCCUUUGGCUUUGACAUUGUCCUGACCAAAACAGUGCAGACCUACGUCAAGAUGAAGAACAACAAGAACCAGGUGUGCUGGCUUCUGCAGAAAGCUCAGCGGGAGGGUGCCCAGCAGGGGGGCUUCGGCACCUUCCAGCAGUUCCUGGACAACCAGCAGUACACGCGCCGUGGCAUCCUGCGCUACGAGAAGAUGUUCGGCGCCGGCUACGUCAGCACGGGAGGGCCCAGCACCACGAAGGAGUUUGUUGACCUUUUGAACCUCACACCCGGGCAAAAAGUUGUCGACGUUGGUUGUGGCAUAGGAGGGGGAGAUUUCUACAUGGCAAAGAACUUUGGCGUGGAAGUGUUGGGAAUGGAUUUGUCUGCAAACAUGGUGGAAAUUGCCUGCGAGCGAGCAGUCAAAGAGAAGCUGCCUAUGGUGCACUUUGAAGUAGCUGAUGCCACAAAGAGGGUUUUCCCUGUGGGCACUUUUGAUGUGGUGUAUAGCAGAGACACCAUUUUGCACAUCAGUGACAAACUGGAGCUCUUCAAAAAUUUCAAUUCGUGGCUGAAGCCUGGUGGCAAGGUGCUGAUCAGUGACUACUGCAGUGGGGAGAAGCCCUGGAGCCCCCAGUUUGAGGAUUACGUUAAACAGAGAGGAUACAUCCUCUACACGCCAAAGAGAUAUGGACAGUUCCUGGAGGAGGCAGGCUUUACCAACGUGCGCGCUGAGGACCGAACAGAGCAGUUCAUUCAGGUGAUCAAGAGCGAGCUGGAGAAAGCAGAGGUCAUGCGGGAGGAGUUUGUCCAGGAAUUCUCUAAAGAAGACUAUGAUGCUAUUAUGAAAGGCUGGACAGAAAAACUGCAACGCUGUGAAUUAGGGGACCAACGUUGGGGAUUAUUCUAUGCUACCAAAAAGUGAUAGGACAGAGAACGAGAGAGAAAGAGAGAGAUGAUGAUGAUGCUGAAAAUGGAGAGAAAUUAUGAAGAUGGCAAAAAGUGUGUAUAUGUGUUUGUGUGUGUGUGUGUGUGUGUGUCUGUACACUCACACAUGUGUAAGUGAGAGUGCUGGUUGACACUGCUGGAAUUAUGAAUCCUUGUAUUUUGUGUGAGGCUUACUUACAGUGAAACUAGUUAUGAUGCAUUUUUUUGUCUCUGAUUGUACCCUAAAAGGCCAAUUAGCAUUUGUUUUUUCUGACCAAAUGACUGUGAUGCAAUUAUUUUAUUAAAAUAUCAACUUUUGAAUCCA